UCCUAUAACACUAUCAACUGUUCCUCCUUGUUGACACUAAAUAUGUGAUACCAGCAUCUGGAUAUCUCUUGCUUUUUUAUUGUUUUAUUUCUCCAUUCCUAGAUCGGAGGCACUAGUUUAUUUUAUCGAAGAUGGUUGGUCUCGUAGUCUCACCAGAGGUUGCCUUAGCAGAUGAGCCAGUAAAAAUCCAUGCUUGGGGCCUACCUCCUCACCAGCUAAUUACAUUGAUAGCCUGGCUGAAAGAUGAAAAAGGGCAGAUGUUCCAGUCUCGAGCAUUUUACCAAACUGAUAGCAAGGGGAACGUGGAUCUGGAUCACGAUGCGGCCACUGGUGGAGAUUUUCAAGGAGUUCAUCCCAUGGGACUCUUCUGGUCACUAAAACCAUGCUCCCCCUUUCUAAGGCUGAUGAAACGAGAUGUGAUGAGCAGUCCGUUUCAUGUCCACCUGGAGCUUUAUCUAAACAUGAUCCUUAACCGUACUUCUGAAGAGUUUCCUGUUGCCACUAAAGUAGUGGAAAGAUGGUACGUGGCUCCUGGUGUUCAGAGAAUACAAAUACAACAAGGAAAGGUGCGGGGUGCUCUCUUCCUCCCUCCAGGUGAUGGUCCUUUUCCAGGGGUUAUUGAUAUAUUUGGGGGCGUUGGUGGACUGGUGGAGUUUCGAAGUAGUCUCCUAGCUAGCCAUGGCUUUGCUUCUCUCGCUCUGGCUUAUAUUGCCUAUGAUGAUCUACCAAGCUACCUAGGGAUCGUGGAUCUAGAAUACUUUGAAGAAGCUGCUAAUAUUCUACUGAGAAACCCAAAAGUUUUGGGGGAUGGAGUUGGAGUGGUAGGUGUGUGCAAAGGGGCAGAGAUCGCACUUGCUAUGGCUUCUUAUCUGCCGCAGGUUAAGGCCACAGUCUGUAUCAAUGGAACCAAUGCUGUGAAUGGCAAUUCUCUGAGCUACAGAGAUUUACAAAUUGAUGGGAUUCCAUAUCAAGUAGACAGACUUCUAGUGACAGAUUUUGGAUCUCUUGAGUGGACUUAUACACUGGGAGAUACCAAGAAACCAGAAUAUGAAGACUGCAUACUUCCCUUGGAAAAGGCCAGGGGACCCAUCCUCUUCUUGGUAGGAGAAAAGGACCGAAAUUAUGAUAGCUUGACGUUUUCUAAAGAAGCCAAAGCCAGGGCUGAGAAGUUUGGCAAGAAGGAUGUGCAUGUCCACUCUUUCCCAGGAGCUGGUCAUCUGCUGGAACCACCUGGAGCACCUUUCUGUCCAGUGUCACAAUCUACUUUCUUUCCUCUUCCCCUAACAUGGGGUGGAGAUCUCAUAGCACAUUGUAAAGCACAGGAAACGUGCUGGAGAGAGACACAGGACUUCCUUCGUAUCAAUAUAGCAGGCUGUCCUAGGCAGAGUAAGCUGUGAAAGUAUGACAAUAGUUUGUGG